AUGUAUCAUUUCAGUAAAACAACCGAAUUGACUAAUUUGUCUAAUUCCAAUUGGACAAUAGUUGAACAUUUAAUACAAACUUAUGCAGCGGAAAAUUUAAGUAAGCAUCCAUUAAAUUCAAUGUUCAAUGUUAAACAUCAUAGAAAUCAACACCACCACCAACAACAACAGUAUUCUCAUGAAAAUGCAGAAAAUUUAAAAAAUUACAAUGAACAUCAAGCUUUAGCAUUACAUAUAAAUUAUGGUCGAUCUGAAUUCGGUACACAUCGUAUUUUAUGGGUAAAAUUAAUUCUUGCCAUUAUAUAUGGUUUACUAGCAUUUAUGGGAAUCACCUCAAAUUUAAUUGUUACAUAUAUAUUAAUAUUUAUGCGUCGACGUGCAUUAACCAGUAUAACAAAUAUCUUUGUACUUGUUUUAGCUAUAUCUGAUAUAUUAUUAUGUAGUUUUAAUAUGCCAUUACAAGCUUAUUAUGAUUUAAAAGAGACAAUAAUUUUAAAAAAUGAAAUUUUAUGUAAAUUUAUAUUUGCAUGUUUUUGUUUACCAAUGCAUAUAUCUUGUUUAACUAUACUAUUGAUCGCAUGUGAUCGUUAUCAAAUUAUCAUUUAUCCGCUAAGACCACGUAUGUCAGUGAAAUUAGCUUUAAUAUUAAUUGGUAUCACUAUAAUAAUCAGUAUUAUUAAUGCUAUACCAAUUGCAUUAUUCAAUAUCGUAAGUAAUGCUAUACAUACACCAAUUGGUGAAUUACAAAUAAUCAUUGAACGACAACCAUAUAUGUAUCAAUUUGUACCAGGUAAUAUGCAUAGUUAUUGUGUUGAGAAUUGGCCAAAUCCAGAAUCACGAUUAUUAUAUUCCAUAAUUGUAUUUUUUAUACAUUUUUUUAUACCGUUAAUAUUAACAGCUGGAUUAUAUGGACAUAUUUAUUGUCGUCUACAUGAACGACGUUUUCGUAAAGGUUCCGUGGAACGUAAACGUAGAACAAAUAAAAUUUUAAUACGUAUUGUAAUAUGUUUCACAUUAUGUUGGACACCAUGGAAUUGUUUUUCUUUAUGGCUUGAAAUACAUGCAUAUGAAUUACAGAAAAAUUCGUUGACAUUAUCAAAUUUUUAUCAGACAACAAUACAAGAAGAAUAUAAAUUAGCUCAGUUAAACAACUAUUCAUUAUUGAAUAAAUAUAAUCAUACAAGUGUCAUUGAUACGCUGGAUGUAAUUGGUGAAAUAAAUAAUACCUCUUCUUCUUCGUCUUCUUCUCCUCUUCACCAUCAUCGUAAUCACGAAUUACAACAACAAAUAACACAAAUUAAUCAAACAGACAGAAAUUCACAAAAUUAUUAUCUACAUCCAAUGGGUGGUAAUAUUAAACUCAUAGAUUUAAGUUUAAAAUUAUUAGCUAUGACAUCAGCAUGUAUUAAUCCAUGGUUAUAUGGUUGGUUUAAAAAAUUUGUAUUUGGUAUGACAAAAAAAUUAAUGCGUAAGCUGAAACGAUUGAAAUGUAAUAAAGAUGAUUUAUUGAAUAUUGUACAAUAUUUUCAUGAAAAAUAUAAUAUUUGUUUUACUAAACGAUUACCAUGGUUAUAUAUGAAUAAAAAAUUACAUAAUAAUACUAAUACUAAUAUUAAAGAUAGUAAUCAGAAGAUAAUAAAUGAUUUACAAAAAAUUAAAAAUAAAUCACAAGAUUAUGCUACAAAUCCAUUAGGAGGAACUGCUGAUUAUCAAGAAGAAGGAGAGGAGGCAGGUGAAGAUGAUAAUGAUGAUGAGAUGAGAAAAAAUUCAAAAUUAAAUAUUUACAUUUGUUAUUCUUGUGGUUUUGUGUGUACAUGUCAGCUGUCAUUAAAAUCAUUUAAACGUAAAGAUCAUUAUCAAUACAUAAAACGUUAUCAUGAUAAUGAAAGUUAUUAUUCAACUGAACCAUUAACAAAACCAUUGAAUGAAUGUUCAGAACGACGUAUCAUUGUUGGUGAAGCAAUGAUUACUGAUUUAAUGAAACAAACAAAAAAUAAUUCUGCUAAAUGUUCCACAUCAAAUAGUAGUCGUCAAUAUGGAUCAAAAAGUUCCAAUGGUCAAUUAGGUGCUGGUGGUGGGAAUAAUUUGAUCAAUAGCAUAAAUCAUCAUAAUGACAAUAAACCAACGGAUACAACAAAUUCAUCUACGAAUAAAUAUGGAAAAUUCAGCAAAGAAAAUUUACCAUCAAAAUCGAUGUACAGUAAAUUUAAUCGUAAAACAUCAUCACAUAUUAGUGGUAUAUCAUUUGGUACAAUGAGUUAUUUAGAUCCUUCAACUAAACAAACAAGUUUAUUUCCAUCAUCUGGUAUAUUACCAACACCUAGAAGUAGUUUUUUAAAUACUGGUAGUCAAAUUUCACAUAAUAAUGAAAAUCAAAAUCAAGAUAUUGAAAAUACAGAACAACAUACACAUCUUCAUAAUUCUCCUCAUCAACAACAACCACAACAAACUCAACAAUCACAUGAAAUACCUAUGAAUGAAUUAAUUUCAAAUCAAUUAAAACCGUUAUUAUCUGAUUCUGUUGAUUCAAUAAAACAAGAAAAUGAAAUUUCUAAUGAAUAUGACAAUGUAUUGAGUAUCAAUGUUCCAAUGUUACAACCAAAAAAAUCAAUAAAUCAUUUAGAAUUAGAUCAAUUAAAUGAACAAUCGAAUGAGUCAUCAUCUAUUCCGCUUCAAACUAUGCUUCCUGUUCAAGGUCAUCUGAAUUGUGAUAUGAGUCAUACACAUAUUUUACCUGAACUUAUUCGUGUGAAUGUUCAUUCACCAUUAAUUGAAUCAACAGAUCAUGAUCAUAUUAAUAAUAAUAGUAACAAUAAUGAUAUUGAUCAUAAAAAUAGUUCUUUAAAUGAUGAUAUUCGAUAUGAAGAUAAAAUUUGUCGUAAACUAGAAUUCAAUGAUAAAACUAUUCUAAGUCGAAAUAGAUUAGAAAUUAAUUUAUCUGAUUCAUAUGCUGCUACAAUACCAUUUGUAGAUGAAGAGAAUUCAUUCAGUGAAGGAAAUGUUUCUUGUCAAAUUGUCAAUAAUAGAAAAUGUUCAUUGAAUAAUAAUAAAAAUAAUAAAAAUAAUAAUAAUAAUAAUAAUGAACAUAUUACAAUCAAUCAAUCACAAGAUAGAAUGAAUAUGAAGAAAUCUGUAAAUCAAAUAAACACUUUAAAUUCUCUAUUGCCAUCAUCGAUUCAAACAACAUCAGCGUUAACAUCCCAACCAAAAUCCCAACCAAUCAAUAAACUUGAUCAUCAUAUUAUUAAAGAGAAAAAACCUAGAAAAUUAUCAAUUUAUAUGAAAAAUUCCACAAGACGUAUUAGUAAUGGUAUGAAUUUAUUUAUUACACGUAAACAAAAACAUUUAGAAAAACAUGAAAUAAUACCUAAGACAAUUGUAUCAGAACGUCGUUUAAGUUUUCCAAAUGUAAUAGAUAGGAAAAAAUUGAAUGAAGAUAAAAAAAUAUCAUUUAAAAAAAAAUCUUCCGAUUUAUUUACAUCAGCAACAAGUGAUGAAACAUCGGAUUUAGAUGAUUUUGUUCAUAUUAGUCGUAUGGUUGCUAUGGAAGUGAUACGUAAACGUAAAAUAUGUGAAAGAGCACAAAGUGUUUGUGUCGCAUUGACAUCAGAAAAUAAUAGAACUAAUAAUAAUGAGAAAACUACAAAUACCAUUAAACAAGAACACAUAUCAUCUUUUAAUAAACGUAAAAGUUUCACUGGAUUUCAUCGUGGUUUUUCAUUGUCCUCUUCUAUUCAUUCAUCAAAUAAACGAAGAUUUACUCAGAAUUAUUUAACUACAGAUAAAUAAGUUUUAAUACCAUGAUGGUGGAUAUUUGAAGAG